UUGUGCAUUUUGGCAUUUGGGCUUGAUGCAGCACCAUGAAGAAAUAGUGGAUUACUUCAAAACUCGAGGUGUUGCUGCUAUCUUUCUCUUUCGAAGAAAUCUGUUGCGCAGGAUGAUAUCUGUGCUUGCAAAUUCUUAUGAUCGAGAUGCUAAGCCGCUGAACGGGACCCAUAAGUCUCACGUGCAUUCUCCUCAUGAGGCUGAGAUACUUGCAAAAUACAAGCCUACAAUCAAUGCAACUUUACUGAUACCUAACCUGAAGCAAGUAGAGGAUACAACUAUGAAAGCUUUGGAGUAUUUCAAAAGCACCCGGCAUAUUAUCCUAUACUAUGAGGAUAUUGUUAAAAACCGAACUAAAUUGCUAGAUGUUCAAGAUUUUCUUAAGGUUCCACAAAGGGAUUUAAAGAGUCGUCAGGUGAAGAUACACAAAGGCACCUUGUCUAAUCAGAUUGAGAAUUGGGGUGAUGUUGAAAAGACACUUACAGGAACACAGUAUGAAAACUUCCUCCAUGCAGAUUAUCAACGAAGGUAAACAGCACCGGGGCGAUGUAUAUACCAUGCUUUGUCCUUU